AACCGGGUCGGUAGGGCUGCGUUAAUGUCAUCAAUAAAUGUCGGAUCAUCCGCAUUCAGCCUUCCUGCAAGGCUGUUUAGCGUCAACAAUGACGGCGUUAAAGUUCCUCGCAAUUUCCGGCUCCUGGAAGAGCUGGAGGAAGGUCAGAAGGGUGUGGGAGAUGGAACAGUGAGCUGGGGUCUGGAGGAUGAUGAUGACAUGACCUUAACACGAUGGAGAGGGGUGAUCCUCGGCCCUCCAAGGACAAGCUAUGAAAACAGGAUGUACAAUCUGAAAGUUGAAUGUGGGCCAGGAUACCCAGAGUCCCCCCCGUUUGUCAGAUUUGUGACGAAGAUAAACUUGAAUGGCGUGCACACCUCCAACGGGGUGGUUGACAUGCAUGCGGUGAAUGCGCUGGCCAAGUGGCAGAACUGCUACAGUAUCCGGAUGGUGCUGCUGGAGCUGCGACGGCUCAUGACCUGCAAGGAAAACAUGAAGCUUCCUCAGCCACCAGAGGGCCAGAUCUACACCAACUGAGCCCCUGCUACUUUUGCCUCCAUCUUUUUCCUCCUCAUUCCCCCACCCUCUGUCUCCCUCUGUUUUUGCUUUCAUCCCUUUAUCCCCCGUCCUCUGCCAUGUGGCAUUCCACCUCCCGCCAACACCUUCGCUGAGCGCAGACACACACUCACACACACAUUCACACACACACACACACACAGACGGCAGAAGACUGAAGAACACAACAGCAAAUACAUGCAGUCACACAUGCACGCACGCACACACGCACACACACACUCUGCAUUCACACACACUUAUUGAGCAGUCAUGAAAGUCAUUCCAGGCCCCUUCCCUCUCCCAUCACUGGAGCUCUGGGUGGACUGGAGUCGCCAGUCCACAUCAGACACGAUCAUUCGAAUACUGUACAUCUUACUAAUCUUUUUUAUUAUUAUUUGUUAAAAAUGCAGAUUGUACAAUAACAUAAAUAAUCUUAUUGAGUGUACCUCUUUUGUGUGUUGCCUUUUUGUAUCGUUAAAAACGGCCACUGUACGUAAUUUUCUCAUAGCUCACCGAAUCAGUGGUCUCUCCAAGUUAGGAGAUAAUCAUCCAUCAGGGUGUGCCGACAAAACUUAUUACGCAUAACACGUUUAAUUUGUCAAUGAGCAUUUCUUAUCAUGUGGCUAAAUGAAACAUUUUCUUCAGUGUGUUGACAUAAGCUUGCACAGAAUCAUUUCUUUCCCCCCCAAGCAGUCUCGUGGUAAACGCAUGACUGCUGUUCAACAAGAGGGUGUCUCUGUCAUACGGCUUUGUUUUUUCUUCUUGUGUACGAUUUAUCCAAAGUGAACAUUGUGUAUCUAUACCACUAUAUCUAAUCUUCAUAGUAGUAUAGUGUGCAUAUCUACUGUAGGUCUGCAGUUAAACUGUGCUUGAACAUAGAAGUGAAAUCAGCUACCUCUUUUGGUCCUGUGUACAUUCAGAGCAGUUAUCUGAGUUGUGAAACUGUCUUUGCUACUUCAUGUGAUCAGACUGUUUUGCUUUCUCCUCUUCCUCCAUAAAUCUAAAUUCAUGCUUUUCA